AUGAAUAAUAAAGAAGAAGUUAUUGAAAAUACUCCAGAAUUAGUUGAUCAUAUUUAUCAAUAUUUUCAAAAAACAUAUCCUCGUCGUGUUUCAAGACAAAUGAUAGAUUUUCAAGCAUCAAAGCGUAUUGAAAUAUUUAAAGCAAAUUUAAAAUAUAUUAUUCGACAUAAUGAAGAUUCUUCAACAACAUUUAAAUUAAAAGUAACUGAAUUUAGUGAUUGGACUGAUGAAGAAAGAGAUGGAUUACGUUCAAAAAUAAAUGUUAAAACACUUAAUAAUAAACAACCUGUAGAAUCACGUGGUGACGCAACAGUUCCACCAGAAUAUGAUUGGACUAAUCAAACAAGGGUUCCAGGAGCCGUGACGCCUGUUAAAAAUCAACAUCAUUGUGGUUCAUGUUAUGCUUUUGGUAUGGUUGGAGGUUUAGAAAAAACAUAUGCAGAAAUCUAUAAUCAAUCUGGUCCAUUAAGUCCACAACAAUUAAUUGAUUGUAGAGGUGAAGGUGGUUGCGAUGGAGGAACUGUUGAGGAUUGUUUUGAAUAUAUUAAAAACAAUGAUUAUAGACUUAAUUUAGAAAAAGAUUAUCCAUCAACACUCGAUGGAAAACAACAAGAGAAAUGUCAAAAUUCAAGUGGAGCACGUCUUUCACAUAAUUCAACGUAUACACUGAAUUAUGAACGAUUACCAACUGGAAAUGAAGAAUAUAUGAAAAAAAUUGUUUAUGAACGAGGUCCAAUUGUUGUUUAUUUCAAUUGUGGAUUACGCACAGGUAAUGAUACUAUUCUACGAGAAGCAUCGAAUAAAUUUGAUCAUUAUGCAUCUGGUAUUUUUGAUGUACCUGGGUGUCCAACGCAUAGAAAUCUGAAUCAUGCACCUGUUAUUGUUGGUUAUGGAACUGAAAAUGGUACUGAUUAUUGGAAAGUCAAAAAUUCAUGGGGAACAGACUGGGGUGAGGAUGGUUAUAUCAGAAUUAAACGAAAUGACAAUAUGUGUGGAAUUGCUACUUCGCCUUUUUCUCUUGGCCUAUUUUCAAAGCAUCAUUAG